UCAUUCGCUCAAUGCGACUAUAAAAGCUCUUCGUUCAAGGGUUUAAUCUCCUCCCCCAUUCUAAUUGCGGCCGCAGCGAUCGAAGCGAUUCUAGGGUUUUCGAUCGCCUCCUAGGGUUUCGAACAAUAUGGUUCUCCAAAACGAUGUCGAUCUCCUAAACCCUCCCGCGGAGCUCGAGAAGAGGAAACACAAGCUCAAGAGGCUCGUUCAAUCCCCCAAUUCCUUUUUUAUGGAUGUUAAAUGCCAAGGAUGCUUCACCAUAACAACUGUGUUUAGCCACUCGCAGACCGUAGUGAUGUGCGGCGGCUGCCAAACCGUUCUGUGCCAGCCGACCGGCGGCCGCGCCAGGCUCACCGAAGGAUGCUCAUUCCGCAGAAAGGGCGACUGAGAGUGGUGCGUGCUCUCUCCGGCUUUAAAUCUUUGUGUGCUACUCUUAAAUGGGCUCAAAAUGGAAACCAAUGUUAUCUGAGUUUUAGGUCUAAUUGUUCCGUAGAGGAUGUUGUGACUUUGCAAUUUUGCUUUCUCGUUAACUUAAGUGGCUACUGGUAAAUUUUAUUAUCUGUGAGUGAAUCAGUGCAUCUGUGAUUGCUUUGUGGUAAAAGCAUAUAGACGCCAUUUGAACCGUAAACCAUUUUGUGAAUGGAUAUCUGAGCUUCGGGGCGUUGUUUGGUUGUGCUUUCUA